GCGUACGCAUCGACUCGAGAGCUCUGAGGACAGAAAAGUUGCGGGGGUGUGCCUUGCGCUCGCUGGUCGAACACCGCGAAUUUGAAUCUGGGGUGAGCACGAGGGUGGGGAUUGGCGAUCGAGGAUGAGCAGCGAUUCGGGAAAUCGCAGAGCUGAGGCGGAAGCUGAGCGUGGACCGCCUUUGCAGCCUCAGCAGUCGUCAUGUCGGAAGAAGAAGGCCGACGUGAACGAGGGAUUUGUCAAGGAUGUGAUGGAUCACAUCAACGAGUUUGUGAACGCGUCGUAUGAUGAGCACAAGACUUGUCUGACGAAGACCGUCCGUAAGCUCUUUGGCGGAAUGUCGAAACUAGGGCAAAAUCCACCAGCUUCAGCACCUGCACCCGUUGUCAGCGUCUUACCACUGCGAGCCAAUAUCUCCUCCGAUUGACAGGGACAGUUUUUUAUGAACGCGAAGGGGUGACUUCCUUUCGGAGAUUUGUGUAUUUGCUGAAGGUUCCAAUUAGGGUGCUUUCGACAAGUUUUUGAUGUAUAUACAGUAGGCUUUUACGAAUUGAACGGAGCAAUUGUUUAUGUGCA